UGCUACGUCGGCAAACAAGACAAACACAUCUCCGUUCCAGAUAAAGUCCGCGGUGCCAAUCUUCCAUGGUCAGGACGAAGACUCUUACUAUGAUGAAUUCUACAUAGACCAGCUAUCAGACAGGAUUAUUUUCCGUCAGUGCUGCCAUGAGCGGUGACUCUGAAGAGGCUCCUCCCGAGGUGCAUCAUUACAACGACCGGAGUGAGGUCCCUUGGGAUAUCCAAAAUUACUGGGCACAACGCUACAAGCUAUUCUCUAAAUAUGACGAGGGUAUCUGGUUGACCGAUGAUGCCUGGUUUGGCGUCACCCCAGAACCUGUUGCUAAUAAAAUCGCGGAGCACAUCGCCAAAUCUGCUCCUAAAGGGCGAAGCAUCUUAGUCGAUGCAUUUGCUGGAGCUGGUGGGAACACCAUCGCGUUCGCGCUCUCCGGGCGCUGGAAACGUGUCUACGGCAUAGAGAAAGAUCCCGCAGUCCUGCAGUGCGCAAAGCACAAUGCGAAGGUGUAUGGAGUAGAGAACAAAAUCACCUGGUUUCAAGGCGACUGCUUCGAGAUUCUCAAAGCCCAGUUGAAAGACCUGGCACCAUACAGUGUGCUUUUCGCCAGUCCGCCAUGGGGUGGACCUGGCUAUCGUUCAGAUGAAGUAUUUAAUCUGCGAACCAUGGAGCCAUAUCCGCUCAGUAAGCUGUAUGAAGAGUAUUCCGUCUUCACUGAACAUAUGGUUCUCUAUUUGCCUCGGACGUCUGAUCUGAAGCAGUUGGCGAAGGUGGUCAAGGACGAUAAAAAGGCUACUGUUAUGCAUUACUGUAUGGAAGGCGCUAGCAAGGCGUUGUGUAUCUAUUAUGGCGAUUUUCAUCUGGAAUGACUUUUCAGCGAUCCCGUAUUGAAUAGAAUGAUCGUUUUACAAACCUAUUCAUGUCUAGUUAGACGGGGUACCGGGACAUGGGCAGAUGAAUGGCAACUUGACACCUGCGUGCGCCACACAACCCUUACCUCUCAUUUACCUUGUGAAUGAAAAGCCAAAUGGCAUCCAGU